AUGUCUCUGAGCAGCCCCUUCAGUGCUGUGGGCAGCGACCCCGGGAUCAUCACCUGGAGAAUUGAGAAAAUGGAGCUGGCACUGGUGCCCCUGAGUGCCCAUGGCAACUUCUUUGAGGGGGACUGCUACGUCAUCCUCUCGACACGGAAAUCGGGCAGCCGCCUGUCCCAGGACAUCCACUUCUGGAUCGGCAAGGACUCCUCCCAAGAUGAGCAGAGCUGUGCAGCCAUCUACACCACGCAGCUGGAUGACUACCUGGGAGGUAGCCCGGUACAGCACCGGGAGGUCCAGUUCCACGAGUCGGACACCUUCCGAGGCUACUUCAAGCAGGGAAUCAUCUAUAAGAAGGGCGGCAUGGCCUCUGGGAUGAAGCACGUAGAGACCAACACCUAUGAUGUGAAGAGGCUGCUACACGUGAAAGGGAAGAGAAAUAUCAGGGCCACUGAGGUGGAGAUGUGCUGGGACAGUUUUAACCGAGGAGAUGUCUUUCUGCUGGACUUGGGACAAGUCAUCCUCCAGUGGAACGGGCCUGAGAGUAACAGCAGAGAGCGCCUGAAGGCUAUGCUUCUGGCCAAGGAUAUCCGGGACAGGGAGCGUGGAGGCCGUGCUGAAAUUGGAGUGGUUGAGGGAGACAAUGAGGCAGCAAGUCCAAAGCUGAUGAAGAUCCUUCAGGACACCCUGGGCUAUCGUUCUGUCAUCAAGCCUGCGGUCCCAGAUGAGAGCCUGGAUCAGCAACAGAAAGAAAACAUCAUGCUGUAUCAUGUGUCAGACUCAGCUGGGCAGCUGGAAGUCAAAGAGAUAGCAUCGAGGCCUCUGGUCCAGGAAUUAUUGAAUCAUGAUGACUGCUAUAUCCUAGACCAAAGUGGGACCAAGAUCUACGUAUGGAAAGGAAGAGGAGCCACAAAGCAGGAGAAACAAGCCGCCAUGUCAAAUGCCUUGGGCUUCAUCAGCAUGAAGGGCUAUCCCAGCAGCACCAACGUGGAGGCCGUCAACGAUGGCGCUGAGUCGGCCAUGUUCAAGCAACUGUUCCAGAAAUGGUCAGUGAAGGGCCAAAGCACUGGCCUGGGAAAAACAUUCAACAUUGGUAAAAUCGCUACAGUUUUCCAGAAUAAAUUUGAUGUGACUCUACUGCAUGCCAAGCCAGAAGUGGCAGCCCAGGAGAGAAUGGUAGACAAUGGCAGUGGACAGGUUGAGGUCUGGAGAAUUGAAAACCUGGAACUGGUCCCUGUGGAGCGAAAGUGGUAUGGAUUCUUUUAUGGGGGAGACUGUUACUUGGUUCUCUACACGUACAAGGUGAAUGGCAAGCUGAACUACAUCUUGUACAUCUGGCAGGGCCGUCAUGCCUCUCAGGAUGAGCUGGCAGCCUCCGCAUACCAGGCCGUAGAGGUGGACCAACAGUUUAAUGGGGCCCCUGUGCAAGUCCGGGUUGCCAUGGGGAAGGAGCCUCGCCACUUCAUGGCCAUCUUCAAAGGGAAGCUGGUCAUCUUCGAGGGUGGAACAUCCAGAAAGGGAAAUGCUGAGCCUGACCCCCCAGUAAGGCUCUUCCAGAUUCAAGGAAAUGACAAAUCAAAUACCAAAGCGGUGGAGGUGCCAGCCCUCGCCUCUUCCCUCAACUCCAAUGAUGUCUUCCUGCUGCGGACCCAGACGGAGCAUAUCCUGUGGUAUGGCAAGGGGGCCAAUGGGGACGAGCGGACAAUGGCUAAGGAACUGGCCACAUUGCUCUGUGACGGCUUGGAGGACACCAUGGCUGAGGGCCAGGAGUCUUCAGAAUUCUGGGACCUUCUGGGAGGGAAAGCUCCCUAUGCCAAUGACAAAAGACUCCAGCAGGAAAUGGAUGCCCAGGCCCGUCUCUUUGAAUGUACCAAUAAGACUGGCCGUUUCCUAGUCACUGAGAUCACAGACUUCACCCAGGAUGACCUGAACCCAGGCGACGUGAUGCUCCUGGAUACCUGGGACCAGGUGUUCCUGUGGAUUGGAGCCGAGGCAAACUCCAAGGAAAAGGAACAAGCUCUCACUACUGCCCAGGAAUACCUGCGUACACACCCCAGCGGCCGGGACCCCGACACUCCCAUCCUGAUCAUCAAGCAAGGCUUUGAGCCUCCCACCUUCACAGGCUGGUUCUUGGCCUGGGACGCUCUCAUCUGGAGUGAAGGGAAAACAUAUGAACAGUUAAAGGCAGAGCUGGGCGAUGCUGCAGCCAUACAGAGAAUCACCUCGGACAUGAAGAACACAACUCUCUCCCUGGAUGCUGGAGAGGCAAAAUAUUAUCCGAUUGAAGUUCUGGUGAAAAACCAAAACCAGGAGCUACCUGAGGGUGUGAACCCUGCUAAAAAGGAGAAUUAUCUCUCUGAACAGGACUUUGUUUCUGUAUUUGGCAUCACAAGAGGACAAUUUGCUGCUCUGCCUGGCUGGAAGCAGCUGCAAAUGAAGAAAGAAAAGGGGCUUUUCUAA